CAAUGUAUAUCUUAUGAAAUUUAGAAACAAAUCCACAUUUCUGGAGUCUAGGCUACUGUCAAAGAGUCAUUGGAUAUGUCGAAAUUUGUUUUUCAGGUAUAUACAAAGGUUUAGAUAUAAUAUCAAACAUUAAUUAUAGUGUCGGCAAAGGAAACACCAAUCAUAUUCAUACGCCAUACAUUCAUGUACUAGUUCUUAAUUGUAGUCUUAAAAAGCACAUAAAUUAUAUCUAGUGGUAUUUAAUUAUCAUUUUGUUUAAUUAUUUUGAUACUUGUCCAUCACCUAAGUGCAUGUGCGUAGUUAGAUGUUACUUAUGUAUCAUGAUCAGUAUGUAUUUUCAUGCUAAAGAAUAUUGAUCAUUUAUUUAUACAGAUAUAAUAUCUUAUUUCUUUCCAUUUUGUUCAAAUCUAAACGCGUAAGUUGCAUUUCCUCAGAAUUUGUUUAAUUACUUAGCUUUAGCCUUUGUUUGUCUCAUGGUCGGUAUAUAUAGGUAUUGGUAAGAUGCUUAGGCCAUCGAUAUUAUCACUCACGAUUUCAUAUUACUUUGGCAUCUCUCAAAUCAACAGGUCACGCAUAUUUCUUUUUAAAUAUCUUCUUCUUUCAUUUUCCUUUCAAGAAACUUUCUAUUAACUUCUUCGGAAUUUACAGUAUCAUUACAAUGAUCACUAUUGCUAAUUUCAUAUGAUGUCCUCUGUAUAAUGAAACUAUUAAUAUAUAAUAUUAUGUUUUAACCAUCUAAAUAAAGUACUCUGUGCAAUGUUUAUUCAAAUCGUGUUUACAGGUAAAACAAUGUUGCUUCUAGUUCUGGUUGUCGGUUUAAUAUGCUAUCAUGUCUACAAAUCCAUAAAACCACCGCCACCAAUCCCGCUGCCAGAGAAUGUUUCUGAGAUAUGUCCAAGAGUUAAGCUCAAUGAUGGGAGAUAUUUAGCCUACAGAGAAUUAGGGUUUCCAAAAGAUAAAGCCAAAAAUAAAAUAAUCAUUCUCCAUGGUUUUGGAAGUUCCAAGUUAGUAGAUUUAAAAAUCACACAGGAAAUGAUUGAUGAAUUCGAGAUAUACUUCUUGUUCUUCGAUAGAGCUGGUUAUGGAGAAAGCGAUGCUCAUCCAUCACGAACGGUAAAAACGGAUACAUACGAUAUCGAAGAACUCGCCGAAAAAUUGCAAAUUGGUCCGAAGUUCCAUGUCUUAGGAAUGUCACUCGGGGCUUAUCCAGUUUACGGCUGUCUCAAAUACAUCCCUCAUAGGUUAAGUGGAGCAACGUUGGUGGUUCCGUUACUGAAUUUUUGGUGGAGUAGUAUGCCUCAAAGCCUAUUGAGUGCAGCGCUCAAGAAAUUACCAAUCCAGAACCAAUGGACAUUUAGAGUUGCACACUACCUUCCGUGGUUGCUAUAUUGGUGGUUGACGCAGAAAUGGUUUUCACCGUUUAGUCCGAAUCCCAGAGAAACUAUGACCGAGCGCGACAUAGAACUCGCGGACAAGCACACAAAACACUCUUAUAUUAAGGAAUCUGCUCUACGACAAGGCGAAUAUGUGAGCACGCACCGAGACAUCAUUGCGUCUUUCGAGAAUUGGGAGUUUGAUCCAACAGAAUUGCUCAAUCCGUUUUCAGAUGGUAACGAAGGGUCGGUUCACAUGUGGUGUGCACUCGAAGACAAACAAAUUUUGCGUGAGGCUUUACUCUAUAUAUGUGAUAAGCUGCCAUGGAUAAAACUUCGUCAAGUCCCAGAAACUGGACAUCUUAUUAUCCAUGAGAAGCAGCAUUUUGAAGAUAUUAUCAAAACCGCUUGUACUUAGAGUGAAAAAAACCUCUACAGUUUGUCCUGAAUCAAUUAGACAAAAUAUCCAGUAUGUUUGAUAUGACAUAUAUAUUUUUAUUAAAUAAAAGUGAAUUGAUGCACUUCUAGUGAAUAUAUCAGACUAUCUCCAAUGGCUUACUCUAAAAUAGAGUAACUCUAUAAUAGAGUUUGAGUUUGCUCCAAUAAUAUUAUAUUUUAGAGUAGAAAAUAGAGUGAUGGACAAAAAAAAACAAGAUACUUUAUAUUUGGAGUAAACUUAUUUUUCACUCUAUUAUAGAUUGAAAAAUAUAGUACCAUUGGAACAUUUUUACUCAAAAUUCUAUUUUAGAGUGAAAAAUAAGUGGGGUUGGAGAUGCCUUCGUACUACAUAAAAUACUAACAAUCAGAGCCAAGAACAUUAGGCUUGUCCAACCAGAUUCAGCUAUUUAAACAACACAAAGUUUGCAAAAUGCUGGUGAAACCAAUCUGACAUAAAUCGACCACAAAUCAAUGAGAGGCCAAGAAAGUACUAAUAACAAAAGAUUUAUAUGUGAGCCAGAAGAAAUAUUAAAACCGACUUCUAUAUACAAAGAUGAUAGAAAAAAGCAGAAGGAAGUUAUACAAACCUUUUUGUAAGUAUAUUAUAUAUAUAAAUGCUGCGUUACAAAAAAAAAAUUAUAUAUAAAUGCUACUUGACAAAAAAGUAUAUUAGCAAAAUCAACCUUGUAUGAAACUCCAACAAUCUCCUCUCCACGAGGUGUAGUCUCUAUCUUUUGAACUUAAGUAAUGCAUGGAUUGACAAAAAAAAAAAAUCAAUACUUUAUAACGGGAGCUGCACAAUUGAUAAAAAAAAAAGAUAUGAAAAGCAAAAUUAAUGACGGGAGUUGCACAAUUGAUGAAAAAGUAAAUGCAAAAAGACAACCAAAUCCACUGGUAGUUAAUGUAAAAUACGUUAAAAAGCUUCUACAUUAAAAUUUACCAACAAAAUAUUAUGACACUUUGCAAAGAGGUUUCUACACACCCUUUAAACAAAGAACCCAAUGUUUUCAUUUUCAAUAGUAAAUUUUGUAAAAGGAUAAUGAUUUUUCUCUUUAAUUAGUAGUUGCUUUAUUAAAUCAAAACUAAUUAAACAAGUAGAUAAGCGAUCAAUGUUUUCAUUUUAAACAAUAAAAUUUAAGAAUGAUAUGUAAUACUUUUCUUCAUCAUUACUCCCUAUGUUUAAUUUUAAUUGAUGUUUUAAGGUUUUUUUUUGUUUCAAUUUAAAUGAUAUUUUAAGAUUUAUAUACAAAUAUUUAAUGUUAUUUUGUGUUUUUGACCACUUAUAUUUUAUUAGAUGAUUUUUUAUUUGUUAGAUUAGUUUUGACUAAUUCAAAAAACGUAUAAAGCUGACAAAAAAAAGAAUAAAAGUCAUCAACUAAAGAUGUAACAUAAUUUUAUGAUUCAAACACCAACUAGUUUGAAUCAGAUGGAAUAUUAGCUAUUUUAUUAGUAAUAAAAAACUAAAGAUGUAAUAUGCAAUUAAUGUUUUUCAUUUUUUAAAGCAAAAUUUAAGAAGGAUAAUGUUAAAUCUUUAGUAGCUAUUUGUUCACUCUU